GCCCCCUUGGGUUUGGGUCACAACUGUAGCAGCGGGGUUAGGGUUAGCCUCUUAAAUGCGCCCGGGCUACACAGCUGCACACUUCCACUAAAAUGACGAGCCUUUUAUCAUAGUAACUCAUCAUCACCUCCUGGGCUUUUAAGCCAGAGGAUACUGUAAUGUUUUCAAAGAAUGGAAUCGGACGAAGUGACGCUGAGGGAGCAACUUUUUCACAACCGCGUCCGUGAAACAAUAAUCUGUGUCCUUCUGUUUUCCUGCCUAUACAUACUCUCCUACCUCAUCCUCACCCACUUCAAGAAGACAGCAGAGUUUAUCACAGAUGAUGUUGAAGAUGCCACUGUCAACAAGAUUGCGCUGUGGCUGUGCACAUUCACGCUGUCUGUGGCCGUGUGCGCUGUGCUACUGCUGCCCAUCUCCAUCCUGUCCAACGAAGUGCUGCUCACUUUCCCACACAGCUACUACAUGCAGUGGCUCAAUGGCUCGCUCAUCCGUGGUCUGUGGAACCUAGUUUUCCUUUUCUCAAAUUUGUCACUAGUCUUCCUCAUGCCCUUUGCCUACUUCUUUAUUGAGUCUGAGGGAUUUGCAGGCUCUAGAAGGGGUGUUAUGGCACGGGUGUAUGAGGCGGUUGUCCUCCUGUUGUUGCUUGCACUGCUCGUCAUGGGCAUUGUGUGGGUGGCAUCAGCUCUGCUCCAUGACAAUAUUGCUCGGAAAAGCCUGUAUGACCUGUGGGAAUACUACCUGCCAUACCUCUAUUCAGGCAUCUCUCUGUGUGGAGUUUUGCUACUUUUGUUGUGUACUCCCUUUGGACUUUCUCGUAUGUUCAGCGUAACUGGAAGUCUGUUGGUGAAGCCUAGGCUUUUGGAAGAUGUGGAGGACACUUUGAACUGCACUACAUUUGAGGAGGCUACUCUGUCUAGAAAAAUAAAGUAUGGCAGAACGUCAUGCUGGGUGAAGUUGGACAUUGAAACAAUGAAAAGUGAAUACCAAGCAGUUCAAAACAAGCGCAUCGCUCUGGAAAUGCGUCGGAAAGCAUCAGCUUGGCAGAGGAAUUUAGGCUAUCCUCUUGCAAUGCUGGCUCUCUUGGCCAUGACGGUCAUGUGCGUGCUCAUGGUCUGCUUUAAUGUGCUGGAGUUGCUACUUGAUGAGAAGGCUAUGCCUAGAGGAAUGGACGAUCCUCAUCUUGGGAGGGCCUCUUUUUCCAUGUUUGGCUCAUUGGGUGCUGCUGUUCAAGUUGUUCUCAUACUCUAUCUCAUGGUGUCAUCAGUAGUUGGCUUUUACAGCUCUCCCCUCUUCAUAAGCCUUAUUCCACGAGCACAGGACACCAACCUCACCCAGAUAAUAGCAAACUGUGUGUCACUACUUAUCUUGAGCUCAGCACUGCCCGUCUUCUCACGGACCCUUGGAAUCACCCGCUUUGAUCUACUUGGAGACUUUGGUCGCUAUAACUGGCUUGGCAACUUCUACAUUGUUUUUCUGUAUAAUAUGAUGUUUGCUGGGCUCACAUCUGCUUCACUCAUAAAGACAGUGACCUGGGCAGUACAGAGAGAGCUCAUUCGUGCCUUUGGUCUCCACAGAUUGCCUUUAACAGUGUCUCGCUCGGCUGUCCCCUUCAGGCUACUUUUAGCAAGUGGACUGUCAAAAAUACAGUGACUUGUUCACAUAAAGACACUAAAAAAACACUGUCUACAAUAAAGGCAUUUGCAAUGGAGUUCCUUUUGUAACAGCAAGACUACAGUGCCUGUGAAGGACUGCUGUGAUUCCUGCGGUCACAGUCUGCUCUUUGCACACAGGACCUGUGAGACCUGUGAGUCAUGGUAAUGAGUGGUACGUUAGUGAGGGCAGAACUCACAUUGUGUUACCAGUGUGAGGCAUGUGUAAUAGAGUGUGCAAUAGCCAAACCUGGUGCCUUAUCUAAAGUAGGGCUGGGCUGUUCAUAUGUGAAAGUCAGCAUAGUUAUUUUCAAAUAUUACAUAGUAAGAUAGACGUAAUUUCCUUUUCCUGCUCUGGGUCGGUGGAGUGUUCUGUUGUUUUUGUGUGGACCCUCCACUCUUGAAAGGUCUUGGAAGGGUGAUACCACUAUUUUAGGAGUGUAUGUGUUUGGUACUCCAAUUAUAAUGAGACUCUUCUCAUUUUGUGUGAAAUGGGCACAGAUGUUUAUAUAGAUGCACAGAUUAUGCUGGGAACAUCAUUAGAUGGUUUACAAAUAGAUUAUUCACUAUUACCAGUGCCAGUAUCAUUUGGGGCUGUAGUUUUAGGAAAUCAAUUUUAAUGUGCAUAAAUAAUGGAGCUUUUAUAUUUUUAGUCUCAUGCAGAGAUUUUCACACAGGAGAAAAAUCUGCCUUUGACCAACUGUACUGUGAAUAAGUUGGGGACAGUGCAAUAUUGUCAAUGCAAUGUUUUACCUUUUCCUUACCUUUUUAUUGCCUUGUUUUAUAAAUUUCAUUCAAUUUGUUGGAGUGGCUACUUGUAGAAUAGGUUAAAAUAGAUUUAUUUAAAAUGUUAGUGAAUGUUAGUGCUAUUAUUGUGAAGACAAGACCACAAAUCUCUUAAUGUUUAGCUAUACAAAAUGGGAAAGUAUUUUAUUACGUGUUUUCUUAAUUAGCAUUUUAUUUUCUUGUUGCCAUUGGUGACGUGUCACUGUAACAGUUAUUGCUGUAUCAGCAGAUUUUUUUUUACUGUGGACCAAUCCAGUAGGUGAUGGUGUUUGCAAAUCCCCACCCCUGCCAUAUGAGUCACUCUCACUAUAGGUUUACCAUUUUGUGUGUAAUAUGUUAUAAUAUGUGUUAUACUGUGUUAUACUGUUUAGAUCCGUUGUUAUUGUUAUUCUCGAGCACUGUGGGGUUACUUCUUAAAUUUUAGGGAAGCCAAAGGUUUAUUUUAUUUUUAUUUUAUUGUAUCUUGUGUGAUGCAAAGGUAUUUCAAGGACAUAACAUCUUAAUGUAUUGAAUGUAAUACAGUUGACGUUAAAUAUUCAGCAUUGUAUGUAAAGAAAAAUAAGUCUAUUGUUUACCUUUUUAAUGCUCUGACAAUUCAGAAUUUUCAUUUAUGUAUGAGCAAAAUACAAAUAAACCUUUUUUAAGUUUGA